GAUAUCGUUACUUCGAUACAAUUCUAGUAGCUCCAGCUCAAUGACAUCUGUUUACAGACGUAUACAGUAAUUUUUGUCAGCUUUGUGCAUUUAUUUAUUCCAUUUGAAACUAAUAAUGUAAAAAGAAACUCAGUCUUAUUAUUUAACAAAUACAAUUAGUCUUUUUUCCUGCGAAUCUCGCUACUUAUAAAUUACGACAUACUCAAAGGGAGUGCAACCGAUCGAAAAACGAAUCAUUCAGGGACAAAGACAAGUAGCCAAAAUGAUCACUUCAAAUUUUGUUCGUUCUACCUGCAGCAUUUCACUGGUAUUUUUGGCGCUUUGCAUAGCCGACUCUGCCACUGAUGAGAAUCUCUCAAUACAACGCUAUUUGUCCUCAGAUGACAAAAGUUUAAGCAAAAAUAAGCGCAUUCAACAGAUUAUGCAAGGCGGCUCAGCUGAUAUAAGUUGGCCACAGCCACCUAAAUUAAAAGCUGAGAAAAUCGAUGUGAAAGAAGAAAUCGAGAAAUUAAAUACAACUUAUGUGUAUCAAAGUGCUUGGCCAGCUGAUGAGCUGAAAUUGGGUGCAGUGAGUGCGGUAAGUUUUGACAAGGAAGCAAAUGUGGUUAUAUUUCAUCGUGUAGAUCGUAUUUGGGAUGGCAAUACGUUCAACAACCGCAAUGUCUUUCAACAACGUAAAAAAGGACCCAUACGCGCUAAUACCGUAUUGGCAUUAGAACGUAAAAGUGGUCAUGUCGUAUAUGGUUGGGGGAAGGACUUAUUCUAUAUGCCACAUGGUUUGACCAUCGAUCAUGAGGAUAAUGCUUGGGUAACCGAUGUGGCGCUGCAUCAAGUUUUCAAAUUCGGUCCACGCGGUUCUAAUGAUAAACCCCUGCUGACUUUGGGUACGGCUUUUACACCCGGCGUAGGUGAUUCGAAAUUUUGCAAACCCACUUCAGUUGCCGUACUCGAGAAUGGUGAUUUCUUCGUCGCAGAUGGUUACUGCAAUGCACGUAUUUUGAAAUAUGACAAAGCUGGCAAUAAAAUCCUUUCAUGGGGACAAAACUCAUUCUCCGGCAUGUCCUUCGAAGUGGCGCCAAAGAACUACUUCGCCAUUCCGCACGCACUCACGCUUGUGCCUGAACAGCAGCUAAUCUGCGCAGCUGAUCGUGAAAAUGGUCGUGUGCAGUGUUUCUAUUGGACCAACGGUACAUUCCAUUCACAAUAUCAUAGUCAAAUUAUAGGCGAUCGCUUAUUUAGCAUGGAUUAUACGCCAGUGGAAGGCGGUCAACUUGUUGUUGUUAAUGGACCAAUCGGUGAAUUAGGCAUCAGAUCGCUACCUUACAACGAAGUACGCGGCUAUGUGAUCAAUAUGCGCACCAAACAGGUGAUCUCAAAGUUCGGACCUAAUGAUAUGCAGUUUUCAAAUCCACAUGACGUGGCCGUCACCAAGGAUGGCAAUGAGAUUUAUGUCGCCGAAUUGAAUCCGAUGCGUGUACAUAAAUUUCUACAUAAAACCCUAGCGAAAUCGAUGCCUUUGUCUGCUGCAAAAACAACUACGCUUAGCAAGAGCAACACAUUGAGUCGCUCCGGCCCGGAACAUCAUGUGGACGAAGUUUUGUUCAAAUCUAACGUCAGUAACACGGACAAACCAGCGCUAGGUGCGAACGCACCUGAAAUGGAACAGAUCUCAACACAGCUAACAACAAAAUCACAUCAUCCUGGUGGCACUGCCAUACUGGUGGCAUCUCUAAUGUUACUUUUCGCUUCGCUAACAUUUAUGCUGGCCUUCAUUAUAGCCCGUCGACGCAAACGAGGUAACGAAACAUUGAGUGUUGGGCCACCUAGUGAAUUGGUGUAUCGCAAAUUGGUCGCUUCCAGUCAAAACGUUUGUGAUGAAUGCCCUUGAUGAUACCAUCUUGUGUUCUUACUUUCUUUAGUGUUUCCAUUUUUUUAAAUUAUACUUAUGUAUGCUUUAUAUGUGUGUACAUUAGUUUAAUGUGUAUAUUUUUUAUAUUUUUAUUCGUUGUAUUUCCUUUUGUACAACCUUUUAUUUUGUAUUUGUUUGUAAUUCACUCUGGCAACUGUGCACUUGUUAGCAAAAAUUAUAUUAUUUAAAAAAAAUUUGCGACUUAUUUUUCAGUGUAUACUAGCCUGAUCUGUUAUAUCUUAAAUUUUUUACUUUUAUGUGCUAGCGUACUUAAAUUGUAAGCUUUAAUUAUGACAGCUCUUAAAUUUUUUUCUAAUUUUUUAUUGGCUUUGCUAUUUACACGUCACCAUCAUGUACUUUUAGUGUAUCCUUUAUAUAAUUUUAUGAUAAUAAAGUUUUUUAAAUGUA